CCAUGUAUCCCUCUAUUUUAUUUUAUUUUUCUUUUAAUUAAAUUUGUCCUUUGACUCUUAUAUCCUUCGUAAACCCAUUUAUUUAAUUUUAGUUUAUUUUGAUUGGAAAAAAUGAUGAAGGGUAAUAUUGGAAAUCCACUAGGUUUAACAUCAUUGAAUCAUAUAUCCCGUGUUUGCACAUCACUUGAAGAAUCCGUUGAUUUUUACAAAAAUAUCCUUGGAUUUGUCCCUGUAAGAAGACCUACAUCUUUCAAUUUCAAUGGCGCUUGGUUAUUUGGUCAUGGGAUAGGGAUUCAUUUACUUCAGUUAGAAGAUUCAGAAAAAUUGACAAAGAAGACUGAAAUUAAUCCCAAAGACAAUCAUAUGUCUUUUCAGUGUGAGAGCAUAGAUGGAGUGGAGAAGAAGCUUAUAGAAAUGGGGAUAGAGUACAUUAAACAGCUAGUUGAAGAAGGAGGUAUAUAUGUUGAUCAACUAUUUUUCCAUGAUCCAGAUGGAUUUAUGGUUGAAAUUUGCAACUGUGAUAAACUUCCUCUUAUUCCACUUGUUGGGGACAUGGUUAGGUCUUGCUCUACACAUAAUCUUCACACAGUUACAUCACAAAUGGAAUAUGUCCCACUCAAUUAUAUUCCUUAAACUAGAAUUAGUUAAUUAGUGUAACACUUAUUCAGAAUUGUUGUUAUAAUAAAUAAAUUACAAAUGAAAUGAUAGUUUUGGUAGCUUUAUUGAUU